AUCUGUCAGAGGAGGUGAAUGGGAAAAAUCGAUUGGAAGCUGAGCAGACACUAAUUUCUAAUCUCUACUUAUGUUUGGGGGAACGUGGACAGGACGAACUACAUAACCGGAAACCCCAUUUGGACUUGGCGACUACCCGAUAUCCACGGGUUUUGGAUGAAUUUGAGAAUGUCUUCAGGAAGGAAAGAAACGAAACGUUCGAGACGUAUCAGCUACUAUCUCGGAAACAACGUGACGUGGAAACGUUGGAAGAAUUCCACUCCGUAUUGAGUGGACUGGCCGCUAGAUGCUCAUUGGGAGCAUUGGAACGACAGGUGUUACGUGACGUAUUCAUAGUGAAUAUGUUCAAUAAGGAGGCUCAAACGGAGCUAUGUCGUUCAACUAAGACACCAGAUGAGGUCUAUCGGAUUGCUUUGUCAUAUGAACGGGGUGACAAAUACGCAAAGUCAUAUAAAGUAUCCGGUGGGGGACUUACCGCGGCACCAGCGGGCUCACUACAAAUUAAAGCGGAGCCUAUAAGCGCUAUCCGAGGAGGUUAUCGCCGACCAUUUCAAAGAGGCGGACGUGGAUUUGGCAGGGGCGGCACAAGGGGCCGCGGAGGAGCAGCAGAUCGCAAGUGCUACAAUUGUGACCAGAGUGGUUUUACCCCGGAUCAUAUUCCAAAGUGUCCACCAAGAAAUGCAACCUGCAAUUUUUGCAAGAAAACUGGACAUUACGAGCGAACUUGUAGAGGACGUCGAUCGGCGAAUAGGGGUCGCGUAGGCAUGAUAAAUGAGGACGACACCGAUGGCGGGAUUGCACAAGAUUAUCCGGAGGAGAGUGCAUCUAAUUACGGAAGUUCCGUUGGAUGGGUGACUGAUUCAAAGGCACCGGCACAUGGAUGGGAUUCUCGAUAG